CCCAGGUGUCGGGAGCGGCUCGGUCCGGCGGGGCUUUGGACGGCGGGGCGGGGCCGGGCGUUAAGAGCCCACCUGUACGGUGGCGGGCGCAGCCCCAAUGGCCUCAGGCGCGCAGGGUCCUGGCAGCUCCGAGCCGCCGUCGCCCGGGGUCGGAGCCGAAGCCGCGCUGAGCUCCGGGGACUCCCCAGACUCAAAGCCCCACCCGCCUCCACUGUCGCCGCCCGAGCUCAGGCGGACCCCGGAGUCCCGGGACCCCCGGGCGCCUCCGCGGGAGCCCAGGUCGCCCCAGCUCAGGGCGAGCUCGGACUCCGCCGUCCCCGAGGCUCGGGCCCUGUCGUCCCCGUGGCCCCUGCCCUGCGACUCCCGAGGCCUCCUGGACGAGCGCCAGCUGCUGGCUCACCUGCAGGUGGCGCUGAGCCGGGAGGCGCGCCUGUGGCGGGGCGGGAGCAUCCAGCAACCCGAGAUCCGCGACGCCUACCGGAGAGUCGUGGUAUGGCUCCUGGGGCUGGAGAACAAGUUCACGUUCUCCUGCACCACUUUUAGCCUGGCGCUCAGCAUCAUUGGGCGCCUCUUGGUUUCCUACCAGGAAGCAGAGGGACGCACUUGGCAGGACUGGCUUAGCGGCGGCGCUUCGAGCCUAUGCAGUGCCCCUGAGCAGGUAAGAGACAGUACGCUCCGGUGCGCCGCAAUCGUGUGCUUAAGACUCGCUGCAAAACUGAAUGAGGAGGAUGAGUCAAUUCCAUGUGUAACGGACUUCACGAAGCACAUUGGCUCCCGCUAUUCCCAGAAGAAGCUGCAGAGGAUGGAGAUAUCUAUUCUGAGGAACCUGCACUGGGACCUCCACGUUGCGACACCUCUGGACUUCUUGAACAUAUUCCACGCCCUAAUGAUGCUGAGCCAGCCCCACAUGAUGAAUCUGCUGCCUCAGACGAGUCCUUCCCGCCACGUCGCAUCCCUGACCAGGCAACUGCAGCACUGUAUGGCGGGCCACCAGCUGCUGCAGUUCAAGGGCUCCACACUGGCUUUGGUCAUCAUCACCUUAGAGUUCGACAGGCUCAAACCAGGCUGCUGUGAUCCUAUAUCUGAUCUGCUAAAGAAAGCACAGGUCGGUCCUGAGCAGUACAGCCGCUGCAAGGAGCUUAUGCUGCAGGAACUGGAAAGUUCGUUGUUAUCUGCCCAAGCAGACAACUAGCCACCUGGCACCCAGCUUCUCUGCCACUACCCCGGGGCUUCUGAGAUGACGGGAGCCCUCCUGGCUCGGACACCUGGGAAUUCUCCGGCUUAUACUAAUCCUGUAAAAAGGGUAGCAAGCCCUGGAAGAGCAACCACGGGAGUUCUGCAGUCCUCAGAGAAAACAGGGGCAGGGCUCAGUAGAGGUAAAUUGGCCGGGCAGACACCUCCCUGCCUCCUUGCUCCUGGUGAAAUGGGGAGACCUGAGUGGGCCUUGAUCCCGGCCAAAGGGCAGGGGGCGGUCCUCACUGGCCACUUCCUGCUGUUCUACUCACCAGCGCUGGUGGGGCGCUCCAGCCUCCCACGCCUAUCCCAAACAUGCGCCCACAUGCUUCCUUGCAGCUGUUCAGUCCUCCACACCCACUUACCCUGCCUGGUGGUGACAUAUCUUUUUGGGUAUGGACCAUGUGUAGUAACGUGUAGUAACCCUGAGCAAGCAAUAAGCACCUUCAUCCUUUGCCCACUAUCCCAUCCAGGGAUUGAGCCCAGGGCACCCUGCCACCGAGCCACCCCCAACCCCUUCUAGAUUUUGAGACAAGGUCUUCCUAAGUUGCCCAGGGUGGGCUCAAACUUGAUUCUCCUGCCGCAGCCUCUUAAGUGAGGGCAUUUCUUGGACUAGCAAGAGGAAGGCCUUGCCGACGAAUGCAUGUUACUGGGUAUACCUGUGCAGCCAGCUCAGCUUCUUGUUGGGCUGGGAGCAGGUACUGGGGCCCGAGCUGCUCCCACUGCUGUUAGGUUACUUGUGCAGAGGAGGAGACCAGCUGCCUCUCUGAAGCCUCGAUACUACUGAAUCUCUGCGCUGGAGCUGUGUCAGUAGUACUGGGGGCUUCAAUGACUGAGCCAUGCACUUAGAGGGGGCUGUGACAUUUCCUUGGUGACUUUUCUGUUUUGUGAAUGCUGUUCUGUGGAGGUUUGGGGGUGUGGCAGCAGUCAGGGACCAUAUCUACAAUAAUCAGGUCUAUAUUGUCAGUGUAAUUGCUACCUUUUCUUG